AUGAUCGAAUAUCUUAAAAGUGAGGAUCAUAUUAAACCUGAAUGUAAGUUUAAACUAUAAUUAGCUGAAAAAAUUAUUAUUGAAAACCAUAUACAUAGAAAAAUAUUUGAAAAAAUAUAAAUGCAUCCAAUAGAAACACAAUGCCUUAAAAAUUUAAAACAAAUUUUAUGUUAAAUGCCACCAUUACGUUUACCAAAUUAGUAAAUUGUCAUAUUAUAUUAAUUUAUAGUUGGUAGGAUUCUGACUAUUUGAGAAUUUUAGCUUUCUAUGAUUAUGAGAUUUCUAAAGCAGCCUAGGUUAAAAAAAUAAUUAUUCUUUAGGGUUUGAUUGAUCAUCUCAAAUGGAUAUUUAAAAUUGAUUUGUCGAUUCAGCCACAUAAAUUAUUGGUAAAUCUCAUAUGUAUUUAUUAGCUUGAUGGAGCAUUGUAUGUAAAUGGAUUUGAUCGAGGUUUUAGACCAGUAAUAAUUAUUAAUUUACAAAAAGCAUUAGAAGUAUUAAUAUAAAUAUAAAUGUUAAGUACUCUCUUCAAGAAUUUUAAUCUAGUUUUGAUUUUCUACUUUGCUAUUUAAUUAGGAAUGUUUUAAUUUCACAUUAUAUUGAAUCAAUUGUAAUACUUAUCGAUAUUAAUGUCCAUCCUUUAAAAUUUUUAAAUUGCUCUUUAACAUAAUUACAAGAUUAUAUUAAAAAUUGCUAAAGAAACUUUUACGGAAGAAUACAUAAAGUAUAUAUUUUACAUGAAAUCAAAUCAGAAUUAUUUAAUUCUUUAUUUAAGACUUUAAAACCAGAAUUUUAAGAGAAAAUAAUCUUUUUAGAAAAAAAAAAUCUCAUUUAAUUGUAAAAUUAAAUAGAUCCUAAAUAAUUAGAAUAAAAAUUACUUGGUAAUUCUCAAAAUUUAAUUAAUUUUUGGUAAUUAUUCAAUUUAAUUUAGGCCACCUAAAAAUCCUCAAAAAAAAAUAGAGAGUAAUGUCGUAUAAAUAUAUAUUGAUGAUAAUUAAUAAAAAUGUAAUGACAUUCUAUCAAAAUAUAAAAAUGAAUGUAAUUAGAAUAACUAAUUUAUAUUAUAAGUAUAAAAUGAAGAAAAGUAGAUUAUUUUUUUUGAAAGUGUUCAACUUGUAUAUCGAGAUUCUUCUAGAAAUGUAAGUUUAUAUUAUAAAUAAGAAUUCUGA